CUAAAAAUCGAUAAAACUGUGGAAUGCAAUUCUGCCAUUAUGGAACCAUGCGAUUCGUUGACCUUCUACAAGGAAGAAGCCCUUAGACCCGAUAUUGUAUGCGAUGCCGAUUUUAGAUCCAUACCCUUUACCUCAACCGAUUAUGAAGUUUUGGAUAAUUCAACGGAUCGUUCCUUUCUCCUGAUGGAUGCCAAUGAACACUUGCACAUAGCCACACCCGAGAUGUUUUGUAAAAAACUUCGUUGUCCCGAUACUGCCAAAAUCAAAGUGGUUACCAUUUUUGGUAAUACAGGUGAUGGUAAAUCCCAUACCAUGAAUCAUACCUUCUUUAAGGGUGAAGAGGUGUUUAAGACCUCAACGGAACAAAACUCAUGUACGCUGGGUGUCUAUGCAGCAAUGCAACAUGAAAUUGGCGUACUAUGUUUGGAUACAGAGGGUCUAUUGUCCACAUCGACAAAAUGUAAUCAGCGCAUGCGCAUGUUACUUAAGAUUCUAGCCAUAUCAGAUAUUGUGAUAUAUCGCACUAGGUCCGAAAGAUUACACAGUGAUAUGUAUGAGUUUUUGGGUACCGCAUCGAGGGCAUUUUGUUUGCAUUUCUCGCAGGCAUUGCAGUCAUUGGGCAUACCAGGUUCUGCCAAUUUGGGGCCAGCUGUUAUCAUAUUCCACGAAACCAGACACACCAAACCCUUGGAAAAUUCCGUUGAAGAAAGUGCCGAGGAAAAAAUUCGCGAAAAAUUUGCCCGUUUAAAUUAUGACAUCAAUGCUUUUAGUUCGUUACGCUAUGUGGGUAUACAGACCUCUUCCAGCGGUACAACCGAUUAUAACAAACUUAUUGCAGCUUUACGAGUGGAUUUGGACAAUACCACAGUACGUUCGCCGCGCCAGCCAAGCAUUAUUUUUAAGGCCAUGAGGGCAUUGAAUAAAAAAUUCUCUGGAGAAAUUGUUGACAAAUCCAUAAAUCCCUUUCCCGAACAACAUUUCACCUGCCCCGUACUGUGUGCCUCAUGCAAUCGUCGCUGCCAACGUUCCAUGGGUCAUGAUGGUGAAGAUCAUUUAAAUUUAAAUCCCUGCCAGCAUCAACAUCAAUUUGAGAAUAAAGUUGAAUUGUGUAAAAUGUGUUACAACAAUGGACGUGAGAUAAAGGUUACACGUGUGGACACCUGGACUCACACGUUGAUCAAUUGUCCACACUGUGGUGAAAUAGCCAAGACAUUUAAGUAUUGGAGUGGCACCCAAGAAUGUGAUGCCAUUCGAACACAAACUGUACAUAUUUGGAAGGAUAGCAACAUAUCGCCCAAAGGGCCCUCGCAUUCGGGACAAAUGGUAUUGGAUAAAGUUUCCUAUGUGUGUGAGGCUUUUAGCAAUUUUUCAUCACAACCAACGGGAGUGUUAAAGGAAUGGUGUGCCGACAAGGUGGCGCCCAAGUAUUGGAAACCAAAUCAUGAGAUAGUGAACUGCUUUUCUUGCAAGAAAAACUUUGACAAAACCGGCCUGCGCAAACAUCAUUGCCGUGGUUGUGGUGAAGGCUUUUGUGAUGCCUGUUCCAAGCAUCGAAUGCCGGUGCCAUCACGCAAAUGGUUUGAAAAUGUACGCGUGUGUAAUGAUUGUCGCCAAUUUCUACUUAAACAUCCCAAUUCCAUACCAGAUCAAGAAGAACAAACUACUAAUGAUAAUACUACUAACUCUCACAAUCAUACUGCAGGAUCGAGUAAUGCCGAAGCAUCUCAAGAAGAAACAGAUGUAACUGUUCGCAAAUGCGGUGAAACACUUUACAACACCAUUAGUAAUGUGGCAUCAGCUGCUUUGGAAUGUACCAAAGAUAUAAUAAAAGACACCGCCAGACCGGAUUAUUGGGUACCCGAUUCAGAAGCCCUUUGUUGUCACAUUUGUAAAAUGAAAUUUGGCACUGCCGAAGAACUAUUGGCCUUGGCCACAUCGCACAACAAUGAUCGAACACAAAGUCCCCAGCGUUCCUUUAAGGGUAGUGACUGUAAACGUCAUCAUUGUCGCAAAUGUGGCCAGGGUGUUUGUUCGGAUUGCUCAAAAACUCGCCGUCCUGUACCUGAACGUGGUUGGUUAGAUGAAGUACGUGUCUGUGAUGAGUGUGUUAGUGAUAAUGCGACAGCUAUGCCUGGGCCAUCUUUGCCAGCGACAAUGGAUAAUAGCACAGCCCAUAACAGCAGCAACAGCAGCCAUAACAGUCCACGUCAACCGGUGGAGGUGUGUUUUUUGGACGAUGCCAAAACCAAAGUUGAAUAA